AUUGCGCAGCCCGUCUGCUCCAACACCUCGCCCGAUAUGCUCCCAACGGCCCUUCGCGCUCUGCGCUCUCGCAGCGCAGCGGCUACCUCCCGCUCCUUCGUCCGCUACACCUCCACCGCGACGACCAGCAACCAGGUCCCCGCCAACGACCCUGUCAAGCGCGAUGCGAAGCCGAACGUUUCCGAGACCAAUGCGAUGCCUACAUCUUCCGAGGGUUCGUUCGACAAGGUCUUGCAGGAGUCUCCAGAGACAGCCGAAAAGUUGAGGGUUGAACAGGCGCCGAACUACAAGGGCAUUUGGUCGCGGAGUCAAAACCCGAGGGAGGUUGCCAUGAGUGGGCCAAGGUUCGAGCAGAGCAUUAUGGAGGAUCAGCCUCGCCCAUACGCCGCUAUCGAGCUCAUCCACAAGCAGCCCGUUCGCUGGACGCACGACCGUACUGUAUCCUGUGACGGAGGCGGUGGCCCUCUCGGACACCCAAGGAUCUUCAUCAACGUAGAUAAGCCCCAGAUCUGCUGGUGCACAUACUGUGGACUUCCAUUCGCACACGAGAAACACCGACCGCUCCUCGAAGCCACCCCUGAACACGAGCUAUCAUACCCCCUUGGACCCAAAGGCGAUGCGGCGGAAGUCAACGAGACGCAGAAGGUUACGGAUGAGCCGCUUGCACAGCGAUAGAGCGAGGCUGUCAGAAGAGAGGUCAGGGCUGGUGUAUAUAUGCAUUGCAAUUGAGACAUUGACAAAUUGUCGUCUACUAUCGUAUUGAGAUCGCGGUAUUUGCCUGUCUUCUGAACGAUGCAGCGCAUGCGCAUCGAACUCAAGAAAAGUCUGGAAUUGAGCUCCGCUUUGAUACUAUCCCUCGAGAGCAGAGUGCAUUCUCUGAAUACAUGGCUCUCGCGACUCAAACUGAACCAUCUCUUACUUGACAGCGUCGAAUGGUCAUC